AUGGUCAGCGUUCCUACCUUUGACGGCGACAACCCCUUCGAGGGAGUCGCCGGCCACCAGGCGUUUAUCAUUUACGACAACACAUGCAUGCGCAGAGGCGUGUACUCUCCGGACAACGAAGGCAAUGAUUGCGGUAUAAACUACGUUAUUGAGGAGGACUGGCUUCCAUACACUAUCGUCGUCACGCAUGUUAACUGGGAUGUUGGUGACCCAUACUUCUACUUCAAUUACGCCAAUGGCGCCUAUAUGAUUGGGGAGAACGGGGCGACAUGCACGGAUAUCAGUUCCGGUCUACGUGCGGAGCAGGGCUGCAAGUCUGCGUUCCCCAUAAAUGGAGAGCCAGAAUAG